AUGUCGGGGCGUCGACGCUGGCUGUUGCUGUGGCUGCUCGUGGUCGUCGCCGCUUCGGAGCGAGCGCCUCGUGCUGAUAACGGCGACCGGCUCGUCACUAUCACGCUUGUGGACGGCACAACGCGUGAACUGACGACCGGCGAGUUCGAAGAGCUGGCGACGCAGCGCGCUGAGAGCCAGAAGGAGCAGCUGGACAAGAGCGACGGGGCGCACUGGCGACACGCCGAGACGGCGCAUCUGGCGACGCUCGACCCGUCGUUGGCCUUGCACAUUAAGCUGGCGAGACGCGCGUUCGUCGUGCUGCAACGUCAUGGGUACGCUCAGGGGUACGCGCUGUCCGGUUUCAGUGAACAAGAGACGAGACAGGCCGCGUCCGACUAUUACGUGGAGCUUGUGCUUGAGGCGACAAGAGACGAGACGAGUGGCGUUGAAGCCAAGACGGGCACGGGCACGAGGAGAGACGCCGACGGAGGGAAGGAGGAGACGCCGCUGCGGCUGGAGGUGCAGCUGCUCCUGGACGGCCAGCAGCGUUUCUCGGUGCUUGCUGCAUGGGAACUGAGCGACGAGGAGCCGCCGCGAGGACAGCAGAGGCGGUCGCGGCUGAUGCGGCUGUCGAUUCAGCCGACAGUUGCCAUGCUGGAGCGAGAGGCGGCGCGCGAGCGGAGCAAAUCGGCCGUGGCAACGUGGCUCUUGGCCGGCGGGUUAGGGCUCGUGGCGGCGGGCGUGCUUGUCAUGUACAACACGCGCAAUCCGAUGCCGACGGUGAAGCCGCGACGUCGGUCCCGUGACGUCUGGGAGCUCGUGGACGAGAACGACCGACCGAUCAAGAUGGACAAGCGCGACGAUAAGAGCAAAAGGGAGUGA